CGGCGCGUGGCGCGUGGCGGGCGGGGCCGCUCACCCACUUGCUGGAUGGCGAGCCUGGUACUGAGCCCGCUUGCUGAGCCUCAGUUUCCUCGGUUUGCGGUAGCCGAGCGUGCUGCGCACGGGAGCCCCCAGCGCAGGCCGCGAUGUUCGUCCUCGUGGAGAUGGUGGACACCGUGCGGAUCCCCCCGUGGCAGUUUGAGAGGAAGCUCAACGACUCCAUUGCCGAGGAGCUGAACAAGAAGUUGGCCAACAAGGUCGUGUACAACGUGGGACUCUGCAUCUGUCUGUUCGACAUCACCAAGCUGGAGGAUGCCUACGUGUUCCCGGGGGAUGGCGCAUCACACACCAAAGUGCACUUUCGUUACGUGGUGUUCCAUCCGUUCCUGGACGAGAUUCUCAUCGGAAAGAUCAAAGGCUGCAGCCCGGAGGGAGUGCACGUCUCUCUAGGAUUCUUCGAUGACAUUCUCAUCCCCCCGGAGUCGCUGCAGCAGCCAGCCAAGUUCGAUGACACCGAGCAGGUGUGGGUGUGGGAGUACGAGACAGAGGAAGGAGCACAUGACCUGUACAUGGACACCGGCGAGGAGAUCCGCUUCCGGGUGGUAGACGAGAGCUUUGUAGACACGUCCCCCACCGGGCCCAGCUCGGCCGAGGCCACCUCUUCCAGUGAGGAGCUGCCAAAGAAGGAGGCUCCGUACACGCUUGUGGGAUCCAUCAGUGAGCCGGGCCUGGGCCUUCUCUCCUGGUGGACCAGCAGCUAGCCCUGGGGCCUGACCGUGGACCCUGCCCAGCCCUCAAGAAGGUGGUGCAACUGGCCGUGAAGACAGCAGCAGCUUCUGGAGAUGCUGAGGAGUCAAGUCUGUGCCCUGCCAGAUUAUCCCUCCCCCACUGUCCUGGCCCUGCUCCUCCUCCUGGAGCUACCCCUGAACUCCCACAGUCCCCAUGGACUUGUGCCUCUCAGUGACAGCAAAGACCUUUAAUAAACAAUGGCAGGGUCAGUUGGGGAGGAGCUA